AUGAAACUGACAGCUGACAGACUUGCUUUAAUAUCUUUUAAACUUGCCAUAAAACAAGAUCCAUUUCAAAUCUUCAGUUCUUGGAAUAAUUCCCUACAUUUCUGCCAAUGGUAUGGCGUUUCUUGUAGUCGGAGGCAUCCUCACAGAGUAGCAGCCUUGAACUUGAGAUCACAAGGCCUGGUAGGAUCUCUAUCGCCACAUAUAGGAAAUCUUUCCUUUCUCAGGCUUAUUGAUUUAGAAAACAACAGCUUCCAUGGUGAAAUCCCACAACAGAUUGGAAAUCUACGCCGCGCUGAAGUUAUUUACUUCAGCAACAAUUCAUUCCAAGAAAACAAUCUAAUUGGUCAGAUUCCUUCUGGUCUCUUCAACGUCUCUAAUCUUGAAAUAUUUGAAGUGAAUGAUAAUCAACUGAAUGGCAGCAUCCCUUCUGAUAUAGGCUUAACCCUUCCAAAGCUGAGGUCCCUAGCAGUUGCAGCUAACAGGUUUACUGGACUUGUACCAAUUUCAUUGUCAAAUGCUUCUGCGCUUGAACAGAUUUCUUUCGAAUAUAAUUGGUUUUCUGGUUUAGUUCCCAAGGAUUUUGGAAAGCUGCCAUUUCUGCAAUUUGUAAACUUUGCUUGGAAUUACCUGGAAGAUGACUUAAGUUUCAUUGAUUCCCUAACUAAUUGCUCUAGUUUACAUCUUGUUGGUUUUCGACAAAAUUUUCUAAAAGGGACUGUGCCCAUUUCCAUAGCCAAUCUCUCCAAAGAGUUAUAUUUUCUAUCUGUGGCAGAUAAUCAGUUACAUAAUGUCAUUCCCUUGGGUAUUGAGAAUCUCAUCAAUCUGAGGUUCUUUCUGUUCGGUGGUAAUUACUUCUCUGGCCCUUUACUUAUUGAUUUUGGGAAAUUUCAACAACUGGAAAUGUUGGAUUUGGGUAGCAACAAAUUUACAGGGACAAUUCCAUCUUCAAUUGGAAAUUUAUCUUUGUUGAGUCGUGUCUUUUUGGGAUUCAACAAUCUUCAUGGAAGUAUACCUCCAAGUCUUGGCAAUUGUCGUCACUUGAUUGAGUUGGAGCUAGUUCAUAAUAAUCUCACAGGUUCUAUACCCAAACAGGUUAUUGGCAUUCCCUCCCUUUCAAUUUCUCUCGAUUUAUCUGCUAAUUCACUUUCAGGUUCUAUUCCAUCAGAAGUUGGUUUGCUCCAAAAUCUUGUACGAUUGGAUUUAUCAGAUAAUAAAUUAUCUGGUAUUAUUCCAAAUACUAUUGGCAAGUGUUCAGGCUUAGAGCAACUUCAUCUUGAAGGGAAUUCAUUCUGGGGAGAGAUACCGGAGGUAAUGGGUGCUUUACAAGGUUUAAAAGAGCUAGAUAUUUCACGCAACAAUUUUUCAGGAUCAAUCUCAAAUUCUUUAAUGAAGCUUGAUGGGCUCAAGUUGUUGAAUUUAUCUUUUAACCAACUCCAAGGAGAGGUUCCAAAACGUGGAAUCUUUCUAAAUGCAAGUGCAGUUUCACUACAAGGAAACAAUGGUCUCUGUGGAGGUAUUACUGAAUUAAAGCUUCCUUUUUGUCUUCCCCCCAACUCCAAGAAUAAAGUAUCGUUUGUGGUGAAAGUAAUAAUCCCUUUGGUUGUGGGAGUAUUUCUGGCUUUUUUGAUAUGUUUGUUAAUUAUUUGGUAUUGCAAAAGAAAUCCUCGAAAGAUGACUCUUUCUAUACCAUCAUUCCAAUACCAAUUUCUGAGAAUAUCAUAUGCAGAACUCUUCAAAGCAACAAAUGGAUUCUCGGUAGAAAAUAUAAUUGGUGUUGGUAGCUAUGGCUCUGUCUAUAAAGGAUUUCUUGAGCAGAUAGGAAUAGAAGUGGCCAUCAAAGUGUUAAACCUGCAACGAAGAGGAGCUUCAAACAGUUUCCUGUCAGAAUGCCAAGCUCUUAGAAAUGUAAGGCAUCGAAAUCUUUUGAAGCUGCUGAGUGCCUGUUCUAGCAUUGACUUCGAAGGUAAUGAUUUUAAAGCUUUGAUAUAUAAAUUCAUGGCCAAUGGGAGCUUGGAGAAAUGGUUGCAUGAAGACAAUGUAGAAGGAAGAGAAAUAAGAUAUCUGAAAUUAAUAGAUAGAUUAAACAUCGCCAUUGAUAUUGCUACUGCAAUAGAGUAUCUUCAUAAUGGAAGCUCAUCAACAAUCAUACAUGGUGAAACAAUCAUACAUGGUGAUCUAAAGCCAAGCAAUGUUCUUUUGGAUGAAGCAAUGACUGCUUAUAUUGGAGAUUUUGGGUUGGCUAAAAUUAUCUCCACAAUAUCUGAUGAGGUUCAACCGUAUCAAAGCAGCAGUUCGACAGCUAUUAAAGGAUCUAUUGGUUACGUUGCUCCAGAUUAUGGAAUGGGUGGCAGGAUAUCAAUAAAGGGAGAUGUAUAUAGUUUUGGGAUUUUAUUAUUGGAAAUGUUUACAGGAAAGAGACCAACCGAUGAUACUUUUCAAGAUGAUUUAAAUCUUCGUAUUUUUGUUGAGAGAUCUUUGUCUUAUAGAGCAAUGGAGAUUGUGGAUCCAAGAAUUCUAUCUGAAGAGGGAAGAG